AUGGCAGAGAAGCUAGGCAUUGCUGGAGCCUUGCAGCGCCCUACUACUUCAAUCAUGUUUGGAGAUGCAACUUCUAAGUCUCCUCUUGGAGUGUUCAAGAACUAUCACUUGAAAAUUGGAGAAUGCAUCAUCCAAACUGAUCUCACUGUGAUGGAAAUGGAAGAAGAGAAGGAUCUACCUCUGUUAUUGGGAACCCCUUUCCUUAAUUUUGACGCGGAGGUGGAGAUGCUUCGUAAGAUCCGAGUAGAGAAGAUGGAAGUACUCGUGAAGUGCGACGAGAUUGCUUCCAGGUUGUUGAGCGAGCUCGGACUUCCUCCUCUUACACCCGAUCCGCCGAUCGUUCCGCCUCCUGCGUUCGAUCCCGAGUCAGUCGAGAAGGCGGUAGGAAAGAUUGGGGUCGCCGAUCCGCAUGGUUCGAACAUCACUGCACCUGUGUCGUCGGAUGAUACUUCUUUGGGGGUCGAGCAGGUUUCUGGUGAGACUACUGUUGUAGGAGAUGGAGCUGGCGAGCCGACUCAGCUCGAUCGAGCUGGCUCCUUUGACACCUAA